AUGAGUGCGGUAGACGCGCCCCGCACCAACGACAAGCAGCGCCCCGACAGCUUCUGCCCCAGCAGCGACGACCGGAAGUCUCCCCACGCUUCUUCACUAUCAAGUGCACCGUCUGCAGACGGAGCGAGCAGCAUCCACAGCAGCAAAAGCCCUUCCACGACCGAAGAAGGCGAUUUUGUAUGGGUCUGCGACGAGAGCGGCGUCUGCACGUCAGCCGUCAUCGUGCGCGUGGGGUUUGUUUUUGACAACGAGCUGGAGCAGGAGCAGCAAGUGACGGUCGUUCACACGGAGGACGGCGAGGAACGUGCUCUCCGUGACCGACCGGUCGUGAGGUUACCCGCUUGCCAUCACCCGAAACAGCUGCUAGCAGUCGAGCUGCAUGACUUGAGUACAGUGCCGCUCAUGUCGACAAACGGCGAUACAGGACGGACCGAGACAUUCACGUCCGAACAGCUGGAGAAUGUCGUGCUGUAUACGUUGCGCGCAAGGUAUCGCAUGGAGCAGGUGUAUACGUGGGUCGACCGAGUCCUGGUAGGAGUGAACCCCGUAGUCCCGUUGCCGAUUUACACGCCGGAUCACAUGCAGGCUUACAAUAAAAGCAGAGAGCAGACACCGUUUUACGAGAAAGAUACGGUGAAUGACGCCCCACCUCAUGUGUUUGCACUUGCGCAGAAUGCGCUGCGUUGUAUGCAGGAUGCAGGAGAAGACCAAGCUGUGAUUUUACUCGGUGGCAUGGGUGCUGGAAAGUCAGAGGCGGCAAAACUGAUUGUGCAGUAUUUGUGCGAGAUUGGGGAUAGCGCACUUUCACGAAAGGAUUCGGAAAGCGAUUCCAAUGCGCUACAUCCGGUUGGUCAGCAGAUCCUGCAUGCGUUUACGAUAUUGGAGGCUUUUGGGAACGCUGCUACACCUUUGAACCCAAACUCUUCGCGUUUUGCCAAGAUGAUAUCAGUUGAGUUUAGUAAGCACGGCUACGUGAUCGGAGGUGGUUUCACGACCCAUUACUUUGAGAAGUCACGCAUUGUUGACUGCAAGAGCCACGAGCGCAACUUCCACAUUUUCUAUCAGAUAUUAGCUGGUGUGCAACACGACCCUACGCUUCGUGAUUUGCUGGAACUGAAUAAGGGCAUGGAUGAAUUUGAUUUACUAAAGCGAACGGACUCUGAUCUCACGAACUUUGUUUUCGAUGCUCGCGACUACCGAGACCUCAUGUCCAGCUUUUCAGCUCUGCGCAUUCGCAAGAACCAACGUGUAGAGAUUGUGCGCAUUGUGGCAGCGUUGUUGCACCUUGGAAAUGUGGACUUUGCUUCUGAUCCCGAGGGCGGCAAGUCUCUAAGCAGUGUGAAUUGUACGACAGUAAGUGACGCCCAUUCGUGUGCUUUGAAGGAUCCAGCCCAGAUUCUACUCGCUGCAAAGCUCCUGGAGGUAGAGCCUGUGGUUUUGGACAAUUAUUUCCGCACGCGCCAGUUCUUCUCGAAGGACGGUAGUAAAACAGUGUCGUCGUUGAAGGUGGUGACCGUCCAUCAAGCACGUAGAGCACGUGACACUUUCAUUCGAAGUUUAUACGAAUCGCUGUUUAAUUUCCUCGUUGAUACACUGAACGGCAUUUUGGGUGGCAUCUUCGACCGCUACGAAAAAUCGAACAUCGUGAUCAACUCACAAGGCGUUCACGUGCUGGACAUGGUUGGCUUUGAGAAUCUGGAGCCGUCACAAAACAGCUUUGAUCAAUUGUGCUUCAACUACUGGAGUGAAAAGGUGCAUCACUUUUACGUACAAAACACGCUGUCAAUAAGUUUGUCGGACCUCGAAGAUGAGUCGCAACAAGUGGAGAACCGACUGGCUGCGCAUUCUAACGUGGAAAUAACCUCUGAGCAGGAAAAGUGUCUUUCGUUGUUCGAGGACAAGCCCUAUGGACUUUUCGAGCUGUUGACCGAAAACGCAACGGUGCGAUCUCCGAAUGAUGAGGAAUUCGUGAACAAACUGUUUUCUGGUAAUGAAGGUUUGGGUGGGUUGUCACGGCCGAAUAUGGGCGCUCAUACAACGAACAACUACUUGGCACCUUCGAAAGACUGGCGUCUGCUGUUCAUCGUCCAGCAUCACUGUGGCAAGGUUACAUACACUGGGAAAGGGCUCUCUGCCAAGAAUGCUCUCAGCAUAUCGUCGACGUGUGCAGCAAUAAUGCAGUCAUCAAAGAAUGCUGUCCUACACGCUGUCGGCGCGGCUCAAAUGGCUGCGGCUUCCGCCGAAAAGGCGUCAAAACAAGCUGCCCAGCGAGGGAGCACUUCGUCUAAGUUUCGAAACUCAAUCAGCUCAGCAAAAGAGUCCAAAGUUGCGGGUGAAAGUUCAGCGACAAAUAUAAGCAAUCAAGCAGAUGCCCUGCUGCAUGCGCUGAAUCACACUGGCAAAAACUUUCUUGUUUGCGUGAAGCCAAACGAGGAGCUCAAAGAAGGGGUGUUUGACUCCGCCUAUGUGAUGAGACAAAUCCGCGAUAACCACCUGGUAGAGCUGAUGCAAGCGAGUCGCUUUGUUUUUACUGUGCGCUUAACUUAUGGUCAUUUUUUUAGGCGAUACAAAAACGUGUGUGGUCACCGUGGUACCUUGGAGUCGCUCUUGCGUUCGUUGUCCGCUAUUGGUGUAUUGGAAGAAGAAAAAUUUGUGGUUGGGACGACCAAGGUGUAUUUGACCAGUCACCAAUGGAAAAAACUGGAAAAGGCUCGUUUUUUGUAUUUAAAUGCGUGCGCGACAAUGAUCCAGCGAAACAUGCUUCGUGGCGGAUUUCGCAAAAAGUCUGCGCGACUACUGUACGUUAUGCGGGGUUUGCGUGAAGCCAUCGCUCAGCGUGAUCAGAACGAUAUCAUUCAGCAUCUUGCAAACUGUAAACAAAUUGUAGGGAACCGUGCGUCAGAGGGCAUUCGCGCGCUAAACGAAGCUCGGGAGCUUAUCACACGUCUGGAUGAGGAGGAAUAUGUGAAAUCCAUUAUCGCAGAUGCCACUCGAAUCGGACACCCCGCGUUGAUGGAGUAUGCCGUACGAGUCGCCGAAAAGAACUCCCCGUGGCUAGCUGUAGACCAUUUGCGCAGGAAAAGCAAAAGCAUUGUAGAACUCCAGAAACAAAAGGCAGAGAGAAUUGCAGCGGUCAACAAGAAGCUCCGAUCGUCAAUGAUUGCUAAUGACCCAGAAGCACUAAUGGGGUAUCUGGCUACGUUAGAUGAGCCCUCAGUGGAGUCGUUGGAAAGGAAACUUGCUACCAUGAUGAUCAUCCGGGCUCUUGAGGAGAAGAGUGUGACGGAGGCUGUGACGCACGCUCUCUCGUCCGUUGUGACAAGUGAUGAUGGUUCUGUUGUUUUGAACAAGUUACUGGGACCCGCAGCCAAAGCGUUGAGGCUAGGUGUUGAGGCCAAGCUGCCAGCCCUCGUUGACACUCUCCGUGCGGUUUCUACUGACACCGAUAAUGCUGCUGAAGACGUGGAGGUGGACGAGAAAGAAGAGGAGGUUGAGGUAAAGGUGGAGGAAGAAACAGCAUCCGGUUCCACGACCAUAACAAAUCUAUUUGCUGCUCUUCAUAAGGCUCUGGAUGAUGAAAACGUUAUUGCGGUGGAGAAGGUGUUGGCCCGAUUGAAGUUGCUUGGUGUUCCUGAUGGGGACCCUAGAACGUCGGAUGCUGAGCGUCUGAUUGAAACCCAAGUCGUUUCUGCAAAUGCCCAUACCGAGCGGAAGCAAAUAGUGAAAUUCCUGGCAGUAGCAAAGAUCUCACAAGAUAUUGAGCUACUAUCGGAAGCGAUCGAAGUUGCAGUGGAAGUUGGUUUAGCGAAGUGGGACUUCAAUCUAAAAAACGCUGAGCGUGAGCGAGACAGGUUGCUUGCGGCUACUGCUGCCUCGGAAGACACGCCUACUCCAGCUCCUGUUGCAGUAUCAAAAAUCUCAUCUCCGAAGGCGAGCAUCCUUGCAAAGAAAGAGAAGGAUGCGCUGGGGUUAGCAUCAAUUGAAGCGUUCCUGCUGAUUUGGGAGGCUCGUCAUGUUGGCGAUUUGGACCAUGUACGACCCUCUAUUCCAGCGUGUUUGGAAGCUGCAUAUGAAGCCAAGAUAGCUCGAUUGCAGCAAGUGGCUAGCGUCGAAGAUGCUCUAAGUCAUGCACUUAAUGCAGAAGACCCUAAGGUCGUAGAACACGAAUUAGGGAGGUCCAUUAGUACAGGAUUCUGCUCGCCGCUGUUUGCUGCGUUGUUUGACAGAUACUCGCUACUUCAAAAUACGAAGGACAGUGAAAAUGCCGCCGAUGGGACUUCUGCCCAGGAUGGACUGCACGCGACUAUUCAGUUUUUGACUCGGCGAGUAGAGGCAAACGCCGAAAUUCGCGAAGACGCUGUGCAACUUCUAUCUGCUGAGAUUGAUGAAUUCUCGAGUUCGCUGAAUGGUGAAAACGGGAUUAUAUACGAUGACGCUGAACGCAAACGUGUGCUCGAGAUAGCAAGCAAGAUGCAACAGAGUUUGGAGACCCGCGUUGCCGCUGCUGCUCGCUUGGAAUCGACCGUGGCGCUUUCCACAGAUGAAGCGUCCAUAGGAGCGCUGGAGCUUAGUAUUCAAGCUGCAAGAGAAGCCGGCGUACAUGAACGCCUACUGGUGAAAGCUGAAAACAAGAUGGUGAAAGUACGAAGAAGAUCUGUGGUCACCGGUGACCGUUUACAGUUAAAUGGGAAUGGUUCUCUAACUUGUAACGACAGUUCAUGUAGCAGCAUUCAAGGCGACGGUGAGAGUCCACGCUGCGGUACAAUGGAGUGGCCAGGUGCUUCUGGCGAAGAUGAGAGCGUCAACAACUCACGAGACAACAAACGAGGUGUGGAAAAGGAUGCAUUGGCAUUUUGCCAUUUCGAUAACCUGCGUGGUUUUAACGCUCAGUCGGAACGCGUUCUUGCCAAUAAACUAUGCUGGGAGAGUCGUGCUAUCUCGCGGAGCUUGUCCGUGCUUGAUGACAACCCGGACGAGGUUGCAUCUCAGUCUGCAUCUGCAGGGAAAAUGGCACUUUCGAUAAAUCGGUGCAUUCUAGGGUACAUGCGUGAUCGCAUCGUAUUUUACCGUGAAAUGCUUGCGCAUUAUAUCCUCCAGAUCGGGCUCGUGAAGCCUUGUCUCGUGGACGAAAUCUACCUGCAACUGAUGAAGCAGCUGACGAAGAAUCCGAAACGAGACAGCAGCAUUCGCGGUUGGUCGCUUUUUGCUAUGUGCACGACUUCUUUUCCGCCAUCACUGGCACUUCAGAAGUAUGUGUUGAUGUUCUUGAAGGCACAGAUCGCCGAAUCCAAUAGUUUCUGGCGACUUGUGCGCAAUUUUGCGGCCUAUUCGCUAAAAAAGUUGGAGCACCUACUGGCGAACGGGGCAACGGGUUUUAUUCCCAGCAUUGACGAGAUUCGUGGCUACGAAGCGCGGCCGCCUUUUCUUGCAACAAUUCAGUUGCUGGAUGGCACUCCGUUAGCGGACGCCUUCCCGGUCACACCAGAGUUCACCGUGGCCCAACUCAUCGAGAUUUGCUCCCAUUUCCUCGGUCUAGAAGAUCACGUUGUCAACUUCUUGGGCCUCACAGUGAUAUCUGAACGCGCUGUUCAUGGCAAAAAUGGCUCAUCAAGCUUUGUUGCUAUGUCGACGACCAGUUCGUUUGCAGCGGCCAAUGUGGACAACAACGAUCCAGCUGCUGAUGACAACGACGGCAAAGAAGUACCAUCAUCGCCAGCACUCGCUGCUAGUGUGUCAAAUGCGUCGGCUUCCUCUUCGUCUCUCCCAUUGAGCUACUUCCACAAAUUCAUCGCUGCUUCCUCAUUCUUGAACGCUAGUAUGUACCUUGGCGAUAUUUUUGAGAAAGAAUUGAUCCGUGGACGCGAUGUACGGUUCGUGCUCAAGAUCCGACUGAACCCCGUAUAUAUGCUGCAGUACUCGGAUGAGAUGUACGAUCGUCUCGUGUACAUCCAGGUGCAGGACGAAAUUGUUCGAGGAAACUUACCAGUGCUGGAGGAGCAAUCCUUGCUCCGGCUUACGGCACUGGCUAUCGCCGUGGACUGCGAAGAAGUUCCGCCCGAUUCGGUGGAAGAAAUGCUGGGAAUGGGUGUCUUGGACUACCUUCCACAGGAAUGGCAGCCCGCGCACGAUGAAGAGGAAUGGGCAGAGCUCGUGCUCGAUGCGAUCACGGACAAUUUCCUCGACGAGCAGGACGCUCUAUUUCCUGUUAGCGAGAUGCAGCGCAUCUACAUCGAAGAAGUGAUGCGCCACCGGUUGUACGGUGCGAGCUUCUUUCCCUCCAAGUUGGUGAACCGUGGGUCGAAGCGCGAUGGCUCUGCCAACGGACUCAAUCAUUGUUUGGGCAUCGAGCUACCGAACUAUUUUGUCGUCGCUGUGAACGGUUACGGCAUGCACAUUCUCGGCCGUGAUGGCUCCAUGCUGAGUUUCUGCGAAUACGCGGACCUCGCGUACUGCGGCGGCAGCUACCCACAGUAUAAAAUUUGUUUGAAGAAGGCGUCAGAUAUAGCUGCCCCGACGGAAGACAUUAUCAUCACCACCAAGUAUUCGGAUGAACUGGAUGCGCUUAUCGCCGACUAUAAAGAAAUUACGGCGCUCAUGAAUGAGGCGUAG